AUGAAUCGCUACUUGAUUUCAGCACUUUCACCUAAUGCUAGGUCUACAUACCUAUCUGGAAUUCGCAGCUUUCAACGGUUUUGCAACGAAAUUUCUGCACCAAUGUUUCCACUUAAAGAGCUUACUCUGCAACUUUUUGUUACGUUUCUUGCUGGACGAGUCAAAUUUUCCACAAUCAAAGUGUAUUUGUGCGGUAUCCAAUACCAAAGCAAUUUUUGUGGUUACAAUGAAAAACUAGUCUCCAUGCACAAAUUGUUCUAUGUCUUGCGAGGCAUUAGACGUUGUCACCCUCCAGUAGUCAGUCGUCGGUUACCCAUCACUCCUGCUCAUCUACAUGAAAUGUUGACAUAUAUUGACCACACCCAGUUUUCUCCUCAUGACAAAGCCUUGUGGAAAUGUAUCAUUCUUGUUGCCUUUUUUGUGUUUUUACGUGUUUCGGAAUAUGUUUGUCCCUCUGGCACCUUCUGA